AUGGAAGAAGAAACUUUGAAUUCGAGUUUGAGAGAAUAUUAUGUUGAUCAGCCAUUGAAGAAAAUAAAGAAGAUGGAAGAAUUAGAGAAAAUCCAUCAUGAUCAUGACCUAAUCUCAGACUUGCCUGAAUCAUUGAUCAUCAAAAUCACGUCUUUGCUUUCUUUGGAGGAUGCAAUUCGUUUCAGCUUGACUUCCAAGAAGUUUUUCUCUGCAUUUAAAUCCAUUCCAGUACUCGAUUUCAAUUUCGAUUCAUUCACAAAAAGCUCAAAAAAAUUUAAAUCUUACCAAAUUAUUUCCUUCUUCCCUGAUUUUGUGGCUAAAUCUCUUGAAUUACUUACUCAUUAUCACAGUGAUACUUGUUUUCCCAGGCUGAGUUUUGUGAGUCCAUUAACUAGUGAUGUUUUGGCUUCUAAGAUGGUAGAUUUUUCAUUGGUCAACAAAGUCAAAGAGCUUAAUUUGACAAAUGAAAGGGUUUAUCCCUUGAGCAAAGAAAUCCAAGUUUGCAAUUUGCAAAAUACCAUCUUUUCAGCCCAACACCUCACUAGAUUGAAGAUUAAUGGGUUUAAUUUGAAGUUGGAGCAUCGUAAUUUGGUUUUGAGCUGUCCAUUGAUCGAGGAUGUUAGUCUCAAUUACUGCACUGGGUUAGAAACUAUUAGCUUGCUUGGUGAUAAACUCAAGCAUGUUGUAUUGAAUUCUUGUCCCCAGCUGGUGAAGAUUAGCAUCGAUCCUCAGGCCCGUCUUGAAUCUUUUUCAUACUCAGCUUAUGUGCUGUUUCAAAAACAAAGUCAAAUAUUAUUCGAUCCCAACUCUUUCAAGACUCUUAAAUUCCUACGGUUCAAGAGCACAGAAAUUAUAACUAAUGAGUGGUUUUCGGACCAUGUUUCUAGCUUGAACUUGCUUGAGACUCUUAAGCUGUAUGACUGUACAAGAUUGAAGAAUAUUUGUUUUAGCAGCAACAAUCUGAGAACUUUGAUUUUGAUGAAAUGUCAAGGACUAGAGAAUAUUCACAUUACAGCCCCAUACCUUGAAUCUUUUGUAUUUGAUUUGGAGAAGAAAAAUCAUUGUAAGAGCAUGAAUAUCGGCAACUGUAAAAAUCUCAAAAGCCUGAAACUGGGGGGUGCUAGUGUUGUGACAGAUAAAUGGGUUGAAGACAAUUUAUCUAGAUUUCUAUUUCUUGAGCACUUGGAGCUGAAAGGGUGCAAUUUAUUGAACAAGCUUGAGUUUUGUGGUGGGAAACUAAGAAGCUUGAAUUUGAGCACAUGUGCGAAUUUGUCUACAGUUGAGAUUGAAGCUCCAAACUUAGUUUCAUUCAUUUACAGAGGGGAUUUACUGCCUUCACCUCCGCUCCUCAUCUCUAAGUCUAAGCUUCAUGCCAAACUAUGGUUGAAUAGACCUUCUCUUAUCUCGGAACAGUAUCAUCGACCUUUCAGGAAUUUUAUUGGAUCCUUUAAUCAAUGCGAAACUUUGUUUCUACAUGAUGUCUCUACAGAGGUAUUGAUUUAUCCUGAAAACAUAAGAGAGACCAUGAUUUCUCCAUUGUACGAUCUCAAACAUUUAAAGGUAGAAGUGAAGUACAGAAAGCAUAAUAUUGUGCAAUUGGUUGAAGGUUUGCUAUGGUUUGUUCCUCAUCCGGAAACAAUUUCUAUAAAAUUUCAAGAUGGCAUAGUGUAUUCUUUGAAGUUCCGUUACAAGUGUGCAGUUGAAGAGGAUGCGGUUUGCUGGGCAACAUGUUGGCGACAUUUCUUGGUAGAAGUUGAAAUGGAGAACUUUGGAGAGUCUAAAGAAAGGAGCGAUUUGCAUAAUUUCCUGACCCGAAAUGCCAAGGGCUUAACCAAUAUUAUCUGUAACUCUUGUUAA